CUUCCUCCCAUCAUAAGAGUUAACUGUUAAAAAAUAAUUUAUCAUAGUAACAUCCACAAUCAAAAGAGCUGGAAUGAUUUGUUACUAAUAAUGAAUUUCUUAUCAUUCUUUUUAGGAGUGUUUGGUAGUUUUAUUACCACAGCCUCCUCCCAACAAAAUGUGUCGCAAAAUAUGCCUCCAGCUAAUAACAAUUCUGUUUCCAACACAACUCCAAAUUAUUCGAGAAAACCAGAAAAUUGGCCUGGCGAGUACAAUGGUGGUAAUAAUAAUAGAACGCUUUUUGCGGAUUGGCUUUUAAAUGGCAAUUGGAGCUCAAAUUUCAGACCACCAUCUCAUAACAGAGUAUUUGAAUAUCCAGGAUAUGAUGGCUGGUACAAUAAUUUAGCUAGACCCGACUCUGGAGCUAUUGUUACUUGUACAGUAAAUUGUCAACAGGAAUGUUUUAAAUUAAAAACUUCAAUAACACAAAAAAUAGAACAAGAAGGUUUUCAUAGGGAUAUAUGGUGGUUAUUAGAAACAGCAGACGUUUCUAAAGAGACUUGGAUACAGUCAAAAUGCAACUUGGCACUGAAACUAGAAAUUUCAAACAGUAUGUUCGUAAAUCCUGAUGAACUAGCUGAACUUAAUAGAAUGGGGGAACUCAGAGGUUAUAUAGAAGGGAAGAUAGAUGUAGAAGCUCCAGCACACGAAGCCACACAUCAUACAGUUUAUAUGUUUUUAAAUAAUUCUGAAAUUGAUAGAAUGACUAUCACAUUACCAAUUCAUUUACGGUACCAGAGGGGCCAGAUUACAGGUGGUUAUGGAAAGGCACCCUUAAGGAAGCCAAGUUUAUUAGUAUGGUGUCCUGAUUCAUUGAAUAUAAUUUGUGGGAAAGGACUAAAAGUUGAAGCCCCAUGUGAUGAAAAAGCAAACUCUGUAUGUAUCUGGAAAAAUUUAACUUAUUAUGCACACUUCGAUGAUUUGGAACUUUUUGUACCGGUAGGCGAUUUAGAUGAUUACCCAUUAGUUUCGAUUGUAACACUUUUAUUGGGUUGUGCAGGAUGUAUUUAUAUUUUGUCUGUGUUGUCUACUACACCUUUACCACUCUUAAGAAGGUGGCCAGCUGCAUACCAAGAUGGUACCUAUUUACCCUCAGGUUUUGACCGACCGAACCCAAUACAGCUUAGUGAAGAACUUUUAAGUGGAGACAUAGGGCAAAUGUCAAAAAAUGGAAAAAAUGCCUUGCUUGUUUUCUUUGGACAACAAGUUGUUGAAGAAAUUUUGGAUGCUCAGAGGCCAGCUUGUCCACCUGAAUAUUUUAAUAUUCCAGUUCCAGAGAAUCAUACAUACAGGACGCAUCCCGGUCAUUCUGAAUUACCACUACUUAGGACUCGAUAUGAUAUGAGGACUGGAUACAGCCCUAAUAAUCCUCGACAACAAUUGAAUGAAAUAACACCGUAUCUUGAUGGGGGUUUGUUUUAUGGCAUUACUAAACAAUGGUCAGAUCAACUGAGAACAUAUUCCAAUAGAACAGUGGACAAUGAUGGUAGGCUUGCUUUUUCACAUAAUGGAUUAUUUCCAGAAUACAAUAUUGAUAGAAUACCUAUGGCUAACCCCCCACCUCCGUUCUACCAUGCAGAUUAUGUUAAAGCUCACGAAACUGCCAAAGUCAACAGAUUUUUUAUUUAUUCUUUAUGCUCUUUGCCUACCGCUAGGAUGGCAGUAUCAUCUGAAAAUGUAGCUAUUAUGCCUUGUUUAAGUUAUCACAGGUAUACAUCAGAACUAGGUAAUCCCCGUGGCAAUGAAAAUGCUUUUCUCUUAACAUUUGGAGUGAUGUGGUUUAGAUGGCAUAACUAUCUGGCCAACCGAAUUCGCCAUCAUCACGAUGAUUGGACAAGCGAAAAAGUCUACAACGAAGCAAGAAAAUGGGUCAUAGCAACUCAACAGAGACUGUAUAUGUAUGACUGGCUGCCGGAAUAUUUAAAUAAAAAACUACCUGAUUAUAAAAAAUAUGACGCGAGUAUAGAUCCACAGAUAGAUCAAUUUUUCCAGGCAGCAGCUUUUAGAUUUGGACAUACUCUGGUCGUUCCAGGGGUAUAUUUACGAGGCUAUACAAGGGAGAAUUGCACCACGAAGUUUAACAAUUGGAACAAAAAUGCAAUAAGAACUUGCAACAUUUUUUGGAGACCCCAAGAACCAAUGCUUACAAAAACUGAUGAUAAUGCAACUCUAAUUGAUAUCGAUAGAAUUCUAAUGGGCAUGUCGGUACAGCUGUCGGAAAAGGAAGAUCACACUAUUGUCGAAGAUCUGAGAGGAAACGUCUUUGGACCACUGGAAUUUCCCAGAAGAGAUUUAAUGGCUAUUAAUAUACAAAGGGGCAGAGACCAUGGAUUACCCGAUUUUAAUUCAGCUAGGAGGGCACACUUAAUGCAUCGGAAUAUGACGUCGAUGAAUUUCGACAAUCCGGUGUACCGCAAAACAACGGAGGAUCAAUUUUCGUUAGAGAAAAACCACUUCCAGCCUCAAACGCGGCCAUAUUUAAGUACUGUUGGUGAAGAGGCAUCAGAACCAUUAACAAAAAUUUACCUAACGGAUCCAGUUUAAGCCGAUCUAGAGGGUAAUAAUGAUUAUUAGCCAAAUAUUCCUUGUUUCCAAAGACCAACAAGGCAUUUUCAAACCUCUAGUUUUAUAUCUAAGACUGACUCAAUGACAUAGUUCUUAAAGAAUACUCAUUGAUGUAGGAACGUUGCAAGAUUGUCUCUCAAAUCAACUUGUUAACAUAUAUUUUUUUUUGUUAUUUAUUCCCCUUCAAAGUUUAUUUUUGAAAGUUUAUUGAAUUUAAGAGGCAACCCUGCAAUAGAUUAGAGUUUUGAAAAGUAUAUUUAUUAUAAUUUAUAUUAAAUUUUUAAUUCUCAAGAGUAUUUUAGGGUUUUAAAGAGGUCUAAGACAAACACAUGCUCGAGAUUUUAUUAUAAUUAUAAUAAUUAUGCUGAAACCUAAUUUUCACUUACCAAAGUGUAGAAUACAUAACUAAAAAGAGGCAAUACAUACAGAAGUAGUAUGAUACAAGACGGUGUAUUUAACAAGGGGGUUUAUAUACUUCUAUUGUUAAAACUUUGUCUUGUGCAUUUGUUCUAGUCUAAAUCUUAAGUUUAAUUCGAAUAUGCCAAUUUAGGGUGUUGUUUUAAAAAUGGUAGCACUGAACACAAAGUCGAUUUAUUACAAUUCCAGUAUAUAAAGACUUUAAGUCACCGAUCAGGUAGUUCAUUAUACAGGACAGGGCGUCCAUAACAUACUAAAUUAAUUUUAAUUAAAUGGUUUUUAAGUAAAAAUUAGCUGCAGACAUUUUUUUACUUAAAAUUAUUAUAGAGCGGGUCGGGUCCUGAAAAAGCGCACAGGGUUAUUUAGUAUUUAGUACAAACAAACCUCGUGAUCAAAUCAAUAGAAUGUUAAUGUUAUGGGAUCCCUGUAAAUAUUUAGUUGAAUUUUAUUAGUUAUAAAUUUUUCAUGGUCGUUAAUCGAGAGGGAAAUUAUCUUUUAGGGAAAGGAGGUAGCUUUGCUUAUUUUUUGGCAUAAACAGUUACUGUUAUUGCGAAAUUUGAGAGGGAUUAACAUUUUGGACAUUACAAAUCCUUCUCAGGUCAAUUUUAAUUGUUUAUACUCGUAUUUUUUUUGGUACAUAUUUUGAUAAAAUGUUUUAAGAUUUUUAAAAUAGUUUUAUUGGAUAUUUUAAUGAAACAUUUUUUGGUAUAUCGAUUUUUUACAACUGAAAUGGAAAUUAAUUUAUCUCACUACUCACAUAAUUCCAAUUUGUAAUUUUCUUUUUAAUAAGUUUUAGCAUAUUUUUAACGUGUUUUUUUUGUAAUGUUUAGGUUAAGAUAAUUAAUAGGUUAUUAUGAUUUUAAUGAAUUAAAUUGAAAACUAACAUCGGAAAAUGAUUAUUAAAAGCAGUGUAGAUGUAUGAAAGAAAAUGAAUGCCAGAAUAGUCGAGUACAGUUAAGAUAAAAAGAGAAGGAUUUUUGUCUUUGAUCUCGGAAGUUAACUGAAACAUCCCUCUUAAUUUCCCUUUAUUGCGAUAGAUUUUGUAAUUUAGUAAAAUUGAAUUAAAAUUGCGGUGUUUUGUUAGAUAAUUAAAAAAGAAAAUAAAAGAAAGAUAAUAAAAGUACUACUUGCUUUAAAAUAGUUAAUGCCAUUUAAUGUGAUUUUAGCAUAACUUUUUAAUUUGUUCAGAUGUAUAUAUUUUUGUGAUUUUCUUUCUUGUAUGAAUUCUGAAUGAUUUUUUAUAAAUUCCUUAAAUGUUAUUUGUAUAUAUUGUAUUGUAGGCAAUUUUUCUGUACAUUGUUAAUUUUAGAUUAUUGUUACUUUAAACAUCCCAUUAUUUUUGUACAACUAGCAAAGAAAAAUCAAAAUCUAAUGAAAUUGUAUAUUUUUAUUGAUACAUGGUGUCCGAUCAACCUGUCAAACUUGAAAAAUGUACCUCCAGUUAUUUGCCUCUAAUUUUAAACGUUUUUCUUUGUAUAUAAAAUUUUAUUUAUUAUAUUUAUUAUAAUUUAUUAUACAGUAGAAGCAUUUGGCACCAAUCUCAUUUAAAUUAUAAGUAGUCAAUUAUUUAUAUUACGUAUUUUUUUAAGGCUAUUUGAUAGCAAAGUUUGGCAGAAAUGACACAUCCUGUAUUCAAUAUGACUCUGAUAAUAUUCUAGCUCUAAUAUUCUGUGAUUCCUUUAAUUAUAAUUACAUUAAUAG